CGCUCAUUUUGCCCUCGAAGCCGGUUUCAGACAAUCACGAGAAAAAUCACGUAUAAUAACACUGAGGUCCCUCAAAGCUUUUCGAAAAUGGAAACCCUAGACAAGGGUUUUGCAUCUGGAGUUGCAGAGGAGGAAACGAUAGCGCUAGAAGAGUCGAUGCAAGAGGGUUUUGGGGGUAAGGCGUCUAGUAUUUCUGAAUCAGUGUCUGAGAAAGAUUCCCAGAAAGAUGAGACUAGGGUUUCAGUUUCAGAGGUUUCUGGUGCUUCGGAAUCGGCGUCUCUGGUAGUUGAAACUAGGGUUUUGGGUGAUGGGGGUUCUGGGGUUUCUGAACCGGGGUUGCAGAAAGAGGAAGAUAGUGUUUCGGGUGAAGGAGUUUCUUUACCCGAGUCUAUAAAAGUUGCAGGUGAAGGGGUUUCUAGUGUUUCAUCUGUAGAGUUGCAUGGAGGGGAAGCCAAGGUUUCAGAAAUGGCAAUUUCUGGGGUUUCUGAACCAGUAUCUUUGAAAGGGGACACUACGGUUUUGGAGGUAGUGGUUACUAGGGUUUCUGAGCGAGAGGCGGAGAAUGGGGAGACUAGGGUAUUAACCGAAGAUGCUUCUGUUUUGAAAGGGGCUACAGAGGCCCUAGUUGAAGAUAUUUCUAGGGUUUCUGAGAGAGAUGGGGUUGGUGUUUUAGAGACUGUAAAAGAGUGUUUAUCUGGUGCAGUUGCGACUCUUUCUGAUGCAACUGGAUCUCAAGUAAUCCAAGUCCAAAAGGAGACCCUAGAAAUUGUAAAGGAAGUCAAGGUUGUAAUAGCUGAUACUGAUUCUUCAGCUGAACCAGUUAAGUCCAUUGAGGAGAAGCAACCCGUGCUUGAAAUUGACGUUAGAGAGGAUACCCCAAAAGAUCUGUAUAAUAAUAACGUGGCACAAGUGGGUUCUGGUGAGGUUACAGAAGCUGAAGCUAACCAGCAAUUUAAGGAGCAAAACAAUGGAAAUGAAGAAGAAAAUGGGGUUUCUUCUAUGGAAGAAGACAAACCGAACCCAAAAACUACUGGUGCAGAAGUGGUUGAUGCACACCAUGGAGCUGGAGUAAAUGAGCCAGGCAAAACAGUUCAAGAUUCAGAGAAAAAGUUGGGAACCCAGGAUGAAGUCCCUUUAUCAGAAGGGAAACAUGAUCUGAUUGAGGGUGUUGAAGGACAAAGAGAUUUGAUACCGGAUGAUGAUUCAAAUGCUGAAGUUGUAGAAGAAGAUGAUGAACAAGAAGGGGAUGAAGAGCCAUCUCAAAGUAACCAGUUUUCUGUGGGUGAUUUUGUGUGGGGCAAAAUCAAGUGCCAUCCAUGGUGGCCAGGACAGGUAUAUGACCCCCCUGAUGCAUCAGAAUUGGCUAACAAGAUGAGGAGGAAAGGUCGCCAUCUCGUAGCUUAUUUUGGGGAUGGAACAUUUGCCUGGUGUGAUGAGUCUCAAUUGAAACCUUUCGAUAGCUACUUUGAAACAUUCUCAAUGCAAACAAAUAUGAAUCGCUUUGUUAAUGCAGUGGAUGAGGCUCUUGAGGAAAUCUCUAGACGUGUGGAAUCAAAGAUGAUCUGCUCCUGUCUGCCCGAAGAAUUACGUAAUGAGCUGAAGCCACCUGUUAUUACGAAUGCUGGAAUCAAGGAAGGAGUAACUGCCCCCCCACUUGGUGGUGUUGAUAUCGAAUUGGUUAAUGAGUUUGAUCCACCUGUUUUUCUUGAUUACAUGAAAGAGCUUGCUUGUUCUCUAUCUAUUGAUUCCAGGCUCAAGUUCUCUCUCUUUUGUGCUCAGUUAUCUGCCUUCUUUUGUUCAAAGGGACUGGGUAGGAUCCUUGAACUUCAGAUUGUUGAUGACAAGCAAGAAACAGGUGAUACAGAUUCAGUUCAUCUUGUCAAGGAGUCGAGCCCAACUCCUAUGGAAGAAGACUGGCUUUCCGGACCAGGAAGCCCAGGCUCUAAAAAUGGCAAAAGCUCAUCUCUUAAAAGGCCACAAAUCUCUCAAGACAAGCUCUAUCAGAGAAAGAAGAAGAGAAGCCUAGCUGAACUCAUGGCGGAGAAGGAGAAUAGCGGUGAUUCAGGAGAUGAAAUCGAGAAGAAAGACACCGUUGUUGAUAAAAAGGCUUCAUCUUCUAAGAAAGCAAAGGUGGUGAAGCAUUCAAUAUCCCCAAAAAAUAAGCAAAGUGGAAACAGGAGUAUCACGCCCAAAAAUAAGCAAAGUGGAAACAAGAGUAUCACGCCCAAAAAUAAGCAAAGUGGAAACAAGAGUAUGACAUCUGUGAAAAAUGCAGAUUAUCCAGAGGAGACCCCAAAGAGAUUGGGGGUUACAAGGGUUGGCCAAAGCCUGAGCAAGAUAGCCAGCCAGCUAACUGGCACACCCCCUAUCCUUAAAUGUAGUGGUGAGACAUUUCAAAAGACUGUCGAUAAGGUGGGCAGGGGUAGGCCCAAAGGUUCUAGCAGUGCAAGUCUCAUGUCGCCUAAAGAGAACAAGAAAACACCAAAAGAGAAUCAGAGUACUCCAAAAGAAAAUCAGAGAACACCGAAAGAGAAUCAGAGAACCUCAAAAGAAAACCAGAGGACACCAAAAGAGAAUCAGAGAACACCAAAGGAGAAUCAGAGAACACCGAAAGAGAAUCAGAAAACACUGAAAGAGAGUGAAAAAACACCAAAAGAGAAGAAGAGAACACCAAAGGAGAAUCAGAAAACACUGAAAGAGAGUGAAAAAACACCAAAACAGAAGAAGAGAACACCAAAAGAGAAUAAGAGAACUCCUAAAUCUAGUGAGAGAAGCGCUUCUCCUAAGUCGAUUUUAUCGGAGAUAUGCUUGGCUGCCAUUAAUCCUCCACUAUAUUAUAAGGAGAAUCGCUCUUCAUGCCAGACUAUAUCUGAUUUCUUUGCCAAUUUUAGAAGUUCUCAGUAUCUUCAUGACCCAGAGUCUGGAAGUGCUGGUAGAAAGAGGGCAUCCUCUGGUUCAAAAGACUCGAUCUCAAGCCCUGAAGGAUAUUACGGGGGAAAGAGAAGGAUGAGUAAAGAAGAAGCGUGGUUUUAUGGCCCCAAGAAGAAGACGAAGCGAUCAGCAAUGGAACCACCUUCACCAUUGAGGAUUGAGAAUAAGGAGACUCAGAAGGAUAGCCCAGCAGCCCUCAUUAUCUCCUUUGCACGUGGUUUCAAUUUGCCUUCUCAGACUGAUCUGGUUGGAAUAUUUAGCAAAUUUGGUCCUUUAAAGGAAUCGGAAACUGAAGUGUCUAAAGACUCCGGUUGUGCUCGACUUGUCUUUGAGAGGAGCUCCGAUGCUGAAGCGGCUUUGAAUAGUUCAUCCAAAAGUAGUGUGUUUGGAUCAGCAGUUGUUAGUUAUAGGGUGAGAUAUAUGGCAUUGGCUCAUAAAAAUGUGGAAAACAAUGGAACUUCACAGGAUCCAACAUUAGUCGGAGGGAACAUUGAGGAACCCAUUUCUUCAAUGACCGUGGAAAUCAAAGGGAACUCAGUGGGACCGCCAUUAAAGGGGGUAGAGAAAGGUGAUAAUGCUUCUCUGAAACUUGCCGAAGAAAAUGGGAAAGAUGAGGGGAAUUUAAGCAAGAAUGCAUCAGAUGGAGUAAAAGGUGUAGAAUCCAUUUCUUCCAAGACUGGAGAAAUCAAGGGGAACUCAGUGGACCUAGCUUUACAGGGAGGAGACAGAGAGGACAUGGUUUCUCUUAAAACUGGAGAAGGAAAUGGGGAUUUCACAGGCCCAAGAUGAUGGAAAGAAGGCAUGGAGACUCUUGUUGAAGAUGCAGUUGAAGCUGCGCAAGUGUCCAUGGAACAAGCAUAGUGGAAAAUGAGGUAACAUAUUCUACUCACACAUCAACUUGUUACAUAGUUGUAUCGUGUAGUGUACUCACUAGUGAGAAAUGCUCCUCUUUUUAGCCUUAUUUUCCCUUUGAUUUUUUGUUUCCUCUUUGUUACUUCACUUCAAGUAGGAGAGUCUUGGUUGUAUUGCUUCAUCUUUACGGGGAUUGUAAGAGAUAAAAUUGUUACUGUUAAUUUGGUUGGGUUUUUUGGCUGAGAUGAUGAUCAUUGGGUAUUAGUUUUAGAAAGGAAAAACAAUGAAGAUCAUUGCAAGUUGAAUUUUUUACGGCCCUCUAUGACCAUUUGUAUUCUGGUAUGUCUGGUUCCUGGGUCUCGCUUUUCUUUUGGUCAUUUUAUUUGUUUUUGCUUCCCUUACAUCUGCUUUAGUUUUUGGAGAGUUCGAUUUGCAUGGGUUAUUUUGCCUUAAUCUCCAUAUUAGUAGGGUUUUCGUCCUGUCUUAUAUAUAUGUAUGUAUCAUUUGGAUC